GCCCCGCGCCGCUCUCCUGUCAGGCGAAGCCGAGAUGGCGGCGCGGGGCGCGGGGGCCGGUACCACAGCCGCGGGCGGCCCCGCCACCAGCUUCCAGCGCAAGGCCGCGGCCGGCAGCCGCCUGGCCGCCGUGCCGGGCACCCGCCCCUCCGUUCGGCACGGGCAGCUGCUGCUCUCCAGCGGGCUCCCCUCCCUGGACGGUGUGCUAGGUGGAGGCUUAGCUGUUGGAACCCUUCUUCUUAUUGAGGAAGAUAAAUAUGGUGUUUACUCCAACUUGCUGUUCAAGUAUUUUCUUGCGGAGGGAGUUGUUUGUGGACACGACUUGUUUGUUGCUUCUGCUAUGGAGCCUCCUGACAACAUCUUAAAGAAACUUCCGGCCCCUUUGCUUGAUGAUACCCACAGAAAUGAAUUGAGAGAAGAAGUAACACCUGCUAAGUCUGAAGAUUUUCAUGAUUCUAUGAAAAUAGCCUGGCGCUAUGAAAAUCUACCAAAAAUGGAGGCCAGCCCAACAACAUCUACCAAGUUUGGACAUUACUAUGAUAUUUCUAAAACAAUGUCUCCAGAACUACUUCAGUCUAUAAAAUGGCACAGUUUUUACCUUCCUGAAGAAUUAUCUUUGGAGCCUAAACUGAAAAUGUGUAAUAUGAACUGUGGCUACGCAAGUCUGCUUCACUCCAUUCAAAGGGUCAUUUCCCAGGAAGGAUUUGAUGGCUCUCAUCCCCAGAAAAAACAAAAGAAUAUUUUGCGUAUAGGAAUUCAGAGUCUGGGUUCCUUGUUGUGGGGUGACGACAUUUGUAGUAGCGAUACUCCUGAAGAUAUUCAUAGUCUGACCAAAUUUCUGUAUGUUCUCCGUGGCCUCCUCAGGAAGUCUUUGUCAGCCUGCAUCAUCACAGUGCCGUCUCACCUUAUCCAGAAUAAAGCAAUUAUGGAACGUGUAACAAACUUGUCAGAUAUGGUAGUUGGUCUUGAAUCAUUUAUUGGCUCUGAGAGAGAAACCAAUCCAUUAUACAAGGAUUACCACGGUUUGCUUCACGUACAUCAGAUUCCUCGGCUUAAUAGCUUGAUCUGUGAUGUGUCAGACACGAAGGACCUUGCUUUUAGAUUAAAAAGGAAGCAGUUCACCAUUGAGCUUCCUCAGCACAACCUGACAGAUCUUGUCGUUAUCUGCUAUCCCGCUCUGGGUGCUCAGAAUAAAUAACACAGGUCGGGGACCUCAAUGCAGGAAAGUGCCUUUGGGUCCCAGUGGCACUACCUGGCGCAGCCCCAGCUGAGGAUCUGGCUCUGUUAUGUCUCAACACACAUAUGCUUAUGGUAUAUGAUUUUGUUCCUGCAGUAUGAUUCAUUCUAGAUUUCAAGUACAGAACAUGAUUCAUACUAAUUUAUUUCUUUACAUUUGUAUUAUCUACCCGAGCUGUUGAGGGUUUAGUCAGCAGAAUAAUUAAUGUUUGGUUGAUAAUCUGAAUCCCAGCAGCUCAUCCCAGACAAUGUUUCCUGACAGCAAAUCCUGCACCACAGAGAUUAAGGGACAAAUCUGCAAAUGUCAGAAGGCGAGGGCUGCAUGCAGAAAUGCAGGUCCCUUCACCAGCCUUCCCUGUCUGCUCUGCCCUGCGCUGCUGCAUUACAUCCAUAAACUCAGCACUGCACCAGUAGUGUGACACGGCCGUGAUUCAACGUGAUUUACACAGUGGUCGUGUAUUUAGGAACGCAGAUCACCAGGAAUGCACUUAACCGGACACUUGCACGUUGCAACUGGGUGUGCAGUUAUCUGACUUGUAUGCCCAACACGUGUGUGCCUCUUGGGAUUUGCAUGUCCCACCAUCCAGAGUAGUAGAGCUUGAAGGUGGUUGGAACAAAAAUAGAGAAGAAGACUUCAUUUUGUUAAAAAUCUGGCACUGAUUUCACUUCUUCCUAAAUGAGACAGGAGGCAAAUGUUCUCCAACAAAAAAUAAGCAAUGACAAUCAGAGCUGGAAUAUUAAUACGCCUCAGUGUGGGAAACAAGCAGG